AUGAUUUAUUCAAUGAAUGAGCAUCAGGGUCUCUCCUCUUGGAGGCAUUUGAGGCACGGCAUAUCUUCAGAGAGAAGAUCUCGGCCACUAUGGAUGAUGGUCCUUAUUUUCCUUGGAGUGAUGGCAAUCUUGGGAGUAACUAUUGGUCUCCUUGUUCAUUUUCUGGCAGUUGGAAAGACUUAUUAUUACCAAGGUGAUUUUCAUAUUUCUGGAGUUACAUACAAUGAUAGUUGUGAAAAUGCAGCUUCACAAGCCAGUACAGAUCUGAACAAAGAUAUUGAGACUAAGAUGUCCGAUGCAUUUCAAAAUUCUAGUUUAUACAAAGAAUAUACCAACUCGCAGGUCAUCAAACUUCUUCCUUAUCUCAGUGGCUCCAGUGUACAGUUACAGCUGACAUUCAAGUUUCCUCCAGCAAAGAGGGAUAGAAUGAAGACUGAAAUCGAAGCUAUCUUACAUCAGAUAUUGAAAGACAACAUGGCAUCCUGGAAUGCAGUUCCCACUUCCAUUAAACUUAUAGAAAUCAGCAAAGCCGAUGCUGAAAUGCUUACCAACAACUGUUGUGGGAGACGACUGACCAACAGUAUCAUAGCAGGCAAUCGAAUUGUGAAUGGGAAAAAUGCCCUGGCAGGGGCAUGGCCAUGGCAGGCCAGCAUGCAAUGGAAAGGUCAACAUCACUGUGGAGCGUCUCUGAUCAGCAGCAGGUGGCUUUUGUCUGCAGCACACUGCUUUUCUAAGAAAAAUAAUUCAGAAGAUUGGACUGUCAACUUUGGAGCUAUAGUAAAUAGACCACAUAUGACACGAAAAGUCCAAAACAUUAUUUUUCAUGAAAAUUAUAGCAAGCCUGGGGUUCAUGAUGAUAUUGCCCUUGUGCAGCUUGCUGAAGAAGUCUCCUUUACAAAGUAUGUUCGCAGGAUUUGUCUUCCUGAAGCCAAAAUGAAGCUCUCAGAUAACGACAGUGUUGUAGUUACGGGAUGGGGAACACUUUACAUGAAUGGUCCCCUUCCAGUGAUACUUCAACAGGCCUCUGUGAAGAUUAUCGACAACAAAGUUUGCAAUGCUCCACAUGCAUUAGCUGGCUUGGUGACCGACACAAUGCUAUGUGCCGGAUUCAUGUCAGGAGAAGCUGAUGCCUGUCAGAAUGAUUCUGGUGGACCACUAGCUUACCCUGACUCUAGAAAUAUCUGGCACCUUGUUGGAAUAGUAAGCUGGGGUGAGGGAUGCGGUAAAAAGAACAAGCCUGGUGUCUAUACUCGAGUGACUGCUUAUCGUGAUUGGAUUACCUCCAAGACUGGACUCUGAAAGAAAAGCAACUUUGGAAUGCAACAUAUGGACAACUGGAGCGUAUUCUCAUCUGUUGCUUCAAAAUCUUUUUAUUUUGAUUGUUGGCAUGCCAAUCAUUUUCUUAUAUACAAGUCCAUAAAGGUCUUUACCAAUA